CUAUACAGGAGUGCUGAAGAAGUCAGCUGGCUGUGUGGCUUGGUUCUCAUAAGUCUCACUGUCUCCCACAUCCCUCCCUUUCCCCCUCGUCCCGAAAGAGCUCCUCAGACUGGACAUUCUGGAGCGACUGAGGCUAGACAUUCGAGACAGGCUACUCAGAGAGUCUCUCCUAGUGUUGCGGACUCUGUACUGGGCCGACCCCUGUACCCAAUACUGCGCAGUGAUCUUGAACUCUGUUGCUGCCCCGGUGGUGUAGGUGUAGUGGUGGCCAGUCGAGCGGCAACAUUGGUACCAGCAGCAAAACAGACAGGAUAUGAAUAGAGAGGGGGAGAGAGGAUGUGCUUGGUGUUGGCUGGAGUAAAAAAAGAAGAAGCAAUGUAAAAUGUAAU